AUGAAAGUCUUCAUUCUGCUAGUCCUCAGCAUUGGACUUUGCCAAGCUAGUCCUCUCCCAGAUGAAGUGGGCUGUGAUGACCCAGAAGUUUUUGAAGCUGUGGCUAGAGCAAUAAAAGCACUUAAUGAAGAGAGAAAUCAAGGAAAUAAAUUCGCUCUCAAUGUCAUCCUUCAUGCCUACAGAAUAGCAGGCCCUGGAAAAAAGUUCCAUGUCGUCUAUCAAGUAAGAGAAACCGCGUGUCCAAUUGAUGCAGAUGAGCCUUGGCAAAACUGUGAUCUUUUUGGUAUCUCAGAAGGACUUCUCUCACAGCAUCAUGGAAACUGUACAGCUGAUAUUGAUACUGAGUCGCAAGAUUUUUCUUCCAUUUCACAGAAUUGCAAAAUUAGCCCAGGACAGGAGAAUGUAGAGCGAUCCCUUGCUAAAUGUCUAGGUUGCUGGCAUCCCAUAGACCCUAAGAGCUUGGAAGUGCUUCCUAUUGUGAGAUUCACCUUACGGCAAUUUAACAAUCAGAGUCAACACUUUGCCUUAUACGAAAUUGGAGAAGUAAACAAAGUUACACGUCAGGUGGUUAAUGGAUGGAAUUACCGUUUGGAAUAUUCAGUGAAAGAAACAAAUUGUUCCAAGAAUGAAUUUCCAGAUCUGAGUCCAGCAUGUAGACACCUUCCUGAAGGUCGGGAAGGUUCCUGUACAGUUACUGCCCACGUUGACAAUACAGACACACUGGUCCAAGCAGAACAGGACUGCAAAGUGCAAGUCCCGAUUGCAAAGGACAGCCAAGAACUGAGGGAGCCUCUACAAGCUGCUAUAGAAUCGUUUAACGCAAAAAACAACAGUGACUUUCAUUUCAGAAUUGUAGCAAUAGGAGAAGUCACAAAACAGCUUGUGGCUGGGACAAAAUAUCGAUUUGACUUGACAAUUCGGAAAACAAAUUGCUCCAAGACUGAAGUGGAGAAGCUAAAUGAAGAUUGUACUGCUGCUGAAGAUGGUUUUGUGAUGAUCCACACAAAGGCUUUAGCGCAGUUAAUGAAGCAGAAGCAGAUGUUUUUCUGGAACCCUUAUUUUCUCCAUAAUCCAGCAAAUGUUGGCAAUUUGAUUUCUAGUUCCUCUACCUCUUCGAAAACCAGCUUGUACCUCUGUGCAGCCCGUGCCGCUAUUCCAAUCGAAGGACCAAGUGUUGCGGAGGAAUUCCAUCCUGAUCCGAGGGGACACCACAUUCACAAAAACAGGCGGGGCUUUGGCCAUGCCCGUGGACACAAAAAGGGCCACAAACAUGGGCAUAAAAAGCCAAAAGAGAGUUCUUCUGAAGAAGUUACAGUUUUAUCACCUGUUCAAACUCCAAAUCAGCUGCCCACUUCAAAACCUUUUGUGGAACAGGAGGUUAACGGCAGAGGUCUCCAUGAAGAAAAGGUUGGGUUUCCUGAUGUCUCCCCAACACACAGCACCUCUACAGAUUCCCCCACUUUCUUAGAUCACCUGCCAGAUCUACCAGAACCACCAAAGUGUCCUGGAACACCCUGGAAGCCUAAAAGAGAUCCAGAGCCUCUGGACACCUUUAACGAUUUUGACCUUUUGGAUGCUCUCCAGAAAUAA